AUGUCGUUGUACGAUGACCUCGGUGUUGGGGCAAGUGACACAAAAACGGAAGGAUGGUCCAAGAACUUCAAACUGCUCCAGUCACAGCUCAAAGUAAAGAAAGCAACUCUUUCUCAGGCCAAAUCACAGCGAACAAAGCAAACCACUGUGCUUGCUCCAGUCAUCGACCUGAAGAGAGGAGGUUCCAGUGACGAUCGGCAGAUUCUAGACAGUGGUCCACAUGCAGUUGGAGGACUUAAGGAUCCCGCCUCCUCCCCCUUCUCGUCAGGGGACGUGUUGAUUCCUUUGGCGGAUGAGUAUGAUCCAAUGUUUCCAAAUGACUACGACAAAGUGAUGAAACAGCAGAAAGAAGAACGACUGAAACAGAAAGAGCAACAGGAUAGACUUAAGGAGAUGGAGGAGAGAGACAAAAAGAGGAAGGACAGACAUGACAUUGGUGGUCCGCCGAGUGGAUUUUCUAGAUUUCCAGCUGCAGAGGGCGACUCAGAUGAGGAUGAUGAUGGAUAUGAGAGGAGGAAACGGAGUAUGGGUGGAGCUGCCAUUGCCCCUCCUUCGUCCCUUAUUGACAGAGAAGGCCCCCCUUCGUUUUCUUACGAUGAUGAAAGUCGUCCGUCCCGCACUGCAAAAGCGGCUAUUCCUCCUCCAAUGUAUGACGACUCUGAACGCCCGCGAUCUCCUCCUGGACCCACCAGCUCCUUUUUGGCUAAUAUGGGUGGCACUGUGGCUCACAAGAUCAUGCAAAAGUAUGGUUUCAAAGAGGGACAGGGCCUGGGCAAACAUGAGCAGGGUCUGAGCACAGCACUGUCUGUGGAGAAGACAAGUAAACGAGGAGGCAAGAUCAUCAUCGGAGAUGCAGCUGAAAAAGCUGGCUCCAGUUUGGCAGCCGACACUUCGCCAUUUGCAGCUGCUGUGCUAGACGCCUCCAAAAAGUCUGAUGCAAAUCCACUCACAGAGAUCCUCAAAAAUCCAACAAAAGUGGUGCUCCUCAGAAACAUGGUGGGCCCUGGUGAGGUGGAUGAAGACCUGGAGGAGGAGACAAAAGAGGAGUGUGAAAAAUAUGGCAAAGUGUACAAGUGUGUCAUAUUUGAGAUUGCUGAGGUGCCAGAUGAUGAAGCAGUCAGGAUAUUCCUAGAAUUUGAAAGAGUGGAGUCAGCCAUUAAAGCUGUGGUGGACCUGAACGGGCGGUAUUUUGGGGGUCGAGUAGUUAAAGCCUGCUUCUAUAAUUUGGAUAAAUUUCGAGUUUUGAAUCUUGGUGAACAAGUCUGA